UUUGAUUUCAAGUGGAGCCAGUUGCGACCCUGAAUUCAAAAAUAUGCAAGACCAGUCAUGUAUUUAUAGAAGACAGCACUUGGUUCGGUUUAGAAGUAUUCAGACAUUACGGGAAGCAAAAAGAAGAUUCCAGGAAUAUAAGAUGUUGAUAAUAAAAGGUCCAAGAGAAUGUGGGAAAACAGCGUUAGCGAUGGAGAUGUUGUCCUCAUACGAAGAAGGACAUUGGCUGAUUAUCACCAAACCUGAGGAUGUCAGACAUAUACGGUUAGGAAUAACAUGUGUUAUAGUCAUCGAAGACCUUGGAGGAAAGUACUGCUUGGACAGUUCUCUCAUGAACAAAUGGUUAGCUGAAUUAGAACUAUUAUAUUCAGCUGUAAGGGAAGGCAAACUCAAUAUUAUAAUUACCUGUGAUAUUCCACAGUUUAAAGCCAUGACACGGGCUGCUCAUAAUCAUCCAAUGCUUGGAAGUACUGUUUCCCUCUCACCUUUGACGCUGAUACAAGUUAAAGAGGAAAGAAACCAAGGGCAUGCGCUAUCACUACCAUCUUCAUUCAGUGAAGCAGAUACGUAUAACACCAGAAUGACCAAAAAGUGGAAAUUCAUUAAAGAGAUAAAUGUAAAAUCUGACAACGAGGAGAGGUGUUUCAUUACAUCUAUGUGCAUGGUACCUCCUAACCAGCUUGCUAUGACUGAUCAAAACGAUAAAUCACUAAAACUUGUGAAUAUCAGUGACGAAAGGAUUAUAGACCGUGUAACAUUUUUUGCCGAACCAAAUAACCCAACCCUGCUACCACAGGACAGACUAGCCGUUUUGCUUCCUGGCAUCAUACAGUUAUUUUCAAUACAUAUCGGAUUUAAUAAAGGAAAUGCUAUAAAAUUAAAUGGUAUAUGCAAUUCUAUUAUGUUUGGAAAUGACGUACUCUUUGCAUUCUUCCAUUCCCCAGCUGUAGUUAAAACACUGAAUAUGCAGGGUGAAGAACUAAGUACGAUUACGCUUGAGUCAGACAUUCAGGACAUGAAUAUUGCUCCAGUUUAUAUAGCUUUGUGUCCAGAAAAUUCGUCGUUUUACAUUAGUGACUGGAGAAAAAACCUGCUGUUACGAGUAAAUAUGGAAGGACAUAUGAUGGCCAUGUACAAAGAUAACGGUCUGGAUAAACCGCAACGGAUACUGGCAAUGUCAGAUGGAUCAGUGUAUGUAUGUAACACGAACAAUGACACUGUGUUACAAAUGCGGGCAGAUUUUACACGGUCACGUGUCGUACUAGGACCCUCAGAUAAUGUGACUGCUCCUGCAGCCAUUUGUUACUGGCCAGAGGAAAAUAUCAUGUUUGUUUCAUCUGCAAGUGUAAAUCCGAUGCUCCGUGCUAAACUCAAAAUGUUCACACUGAUUUAAUGAAUGAAAACAAAUCAACAGUCAUGUAUAAUAUAUAUAUCUAACGUUAAAAAAUAAAGGAAGCCGAAACUAGACAGAGUAAAGACAAUAUAUCAUUUCUGUAGUUAUUAGCAUAUAGCCAUAAAUCAGUCUUACGUAUGUCGUUUUAAAUCUGUCAAUGAUAUAGAGAUUGUACUUAAAAGUUCUAGUUCAUCUUUUCUGGUUUUCUUUAGUGUCAUAUGAUAGCUAAAUGCAUCAAUUUACCAGAAAUAUUUAUAUUCUUCCUCCUCUCCAUAUAAAAAUGAAAAUAUUUGAUAUUUAAGAAAUGACCUUCUAAAAAUAACUGAAGCAAAAAUGGACAACUCUUGUAUUGACAGGUUUUCAUUGAUUUUUAUAAGCGAUAUCAAAAGUCCCUAUAUAGCUAAAUGAAUUCAGUACAUAGUAUAUGUAAGUUAAGUAUACUUUCAACACUUUGAAAGUGCUUACACUGAACUUUAUUCUAUCUUUUGAUGAAUUAAAAAUACGAGGCUAGCCAAGAGUUUAAAAGAAAAGUGUCUUAAAAUUAUGGAUGAAAGAGAACGACACUCUCUUUACUAUAAGCUUACCGAAACUAUUCCUAAAAAUGACCUGAAAGAAGUUACUAAAGAUUUUAUAAUGUAAACAAAUCUUUACAGCAUUUUUUAUAUAAUUGUAAAUGAGAGGCCCCAGCAUUUUUUUUAAGUUGUGUACACAGUUUUAGUUGCAAUUUAAUGUGAAUAGCUGAAGUUACCCGCUUACUUUGUUUAAAACAAUAAUAAAACACCUUAUAUUGUGUUAAGGCAGUUUAAGGUAGUCGGCGGCCUGUAACGAAAAUCGUCAAAUCACGUAAUCUCCUGAUUUUUCAACAUUUAUUCGUUUUUUAUGGAAAGCAAUGAUUGUGUUAAGCUAUAGUUGGGUCCAGAGAUUGUUGAAUUGCAUACAAAUACAUAAAUACACGAAAAUUGCAGAGGGUCAUUACGUAUCCACUACCUUAAAAUGUGAUUACAUUUGAAGACACUGACUUCUUGAAAUCUAUCCAACCGAGUGAGAAGUGUAUUAUUUUUACGAGUAAGAAGAAAUUGAUUUUGAUCUCCACAAAAACAUAUACAAUUUUCUUUUUAUUAAAUGCUUUUGUGUGUAUUCGUGAACUCCGUGAGGAUCCAGAAUACAUGUAUAUGACGUUAAGUUACACGUGGAAAGGCGCAGUCCGAGUGAAAUUAUUUCGGACGACGUAUAACCGCCCGAGUGUAUAAAUAGUGAUAAAGCACUGUUUUGCUAUAAAUUAUUUCGAUUCUAAUAUGUUCUUUAUUGUAAAAUUUAUAUCAAAUAUGAUGGAACUGUUUCUUUUCGCAAGCAUGGCGCCAAUAGUAGGUAUUUGUUAAAACACGCCAGGACCGG